CCAGGAAAGAGGCAGAUGAUAUGGCAGCUUUGUGAUCGACCAGGUGGAACUUGCCUUUGUUAAUACGGUUAAACCGUAGAACAUGAUAAUAUUUUAACGCGAAGACGGUAAGAUAGCAAGCCGUUUUAAGAUGAUUUACUUGAUAUUUAUUUCAGCUUUUUCCGGGGCACUCAUCACUCUGCUAUUACAGCUCUUGCUGUUGUAUCGAAGAAGCCCCGAGCCUAUAGCUAGGACAGUGCAAUAUGUCAAAGUAGUGCCUGAGCCCGCAUUGAAGGAUUACUUUAAUAAUCAACAUGCCGAAUCAGGACAACAACAACCAGAUAACACGGCAUCUGCAGCAUCAAAACAGCAAGAUACCACCACUCCAAGGCAACAGGAAGCCACUGUCCCCGGCAGUAGCCCUAAACAACAGCCGCCGCCUUCUCAAAACGAGCCGCUCCACACCUCUCAACCGGAGACGUGCAAUUUUCUAAAUGCAAUAUUUUUGUUCCUAUUUCGCGAACUCCGGGACACCCCGGUGGUCAGACACUGGGUGACCAAAAAGAUCAAGGUGGAAUUCGAGGAGCUGCUGCAAACCAAGACGGCUGGACGGCUGUUGGAGGGACUUAGUCUCCGGGAUAUAUCUCUGGGUAAUUCGUUGCCUGUGUUCAAAACCGCAAAACUUAUGAAGCCAGUGGCGUGCAAUGAGGAUGGCAUGCACGAAGAGCUCAAUUUCGAGGUGGAUUUGGAGUACAACGGUGGGUUUCACCUGGCAAUUGAUGUCGACCUGGUCUUCGGUAAAUCCGCCUACCUUUUUGUGAAGAUGACCCGGGUCAUAGGGCGGCUGAAGCUGCAGUUUACCCGCACGCCUUUCACGCACUGGUCAUUUACCUUCUUAGAAGAUCCAUUGAUAGACUUCGAGGUGAAGUCCCAGUUCGAGGGUAGACCGCUGCCCCAACUCACAUCCAUCAUUGUAAACCAACUGAAGCGUGUAAUUAAGAAGAAACACACUUUGCCAAAUUACAAAAUCAGAUACAAACCCUUCUUCCCCUUCCAAGUGCAGCCUCCGGUGGCCACCUCCUGCGACCUGGACCUCUCCAUCCAGGACACGCGAUUGGUGGAGGGCCGGCUGAGGGUCACGCUGGUUGAAUGUAGCAGGCUCUUCAUCCUGGGCUCGUAUGAGAGGGAGACCUACGUCCACUGCACCCUGGAGCUCAGCAGUCAGGAGUGGAAGGAGAAGACCAGGAGCUCCAUCAAGACGACGGAGGUGAUCAAAGGCGCUUCCCAGAGCUUCGGCAUGACGUUCCGACACGUUCCGGCCAGCGAGGGGGACGCCGUGCACGUCAGCAUCGAGACGGUCACCCCCAACUCCCCCGCUGCCCUGGCCGACCUGCAGAGGGGCGAUCGGCUCAUCGCCAUUAGCGGUGUGAAAGUGACAUCUUCUGUGCAAGUGCCGAAGCUCUUGAAGCAGGCCGGGGACAAGGUCACGGUGCUGUAUGAAAGGCCCGUCCGUCACCAGAUCCCCGCCUCGGGCACUCUCCAGGAAGGGUUCAGCCAGCUGGAGGAGCCAAGCUUCCUGUCCCAGCCGGUGUACGAGGAGGACCCGGCUCCCAUCACCACCCUGGAUGCCUCCGACAGCAAGGAUGUAGACUCCGAGUUUGAGGAGCUUAUGCUGGACCCCAAGCCAGUCAGCGCUGAGGUCAAGGAGGACAUUUUGCUCAGCAUAAACCAAAGCCCUAAAAGAACCGUGGCUAGUCUCGCUGCAAAACCUCUGGGCAGCAUUUCGCCCAUCUUGAACCGCAAACUGAAUCUGGCCGGGCUUCAGUCUCCCCUGAAGCCCCAGCCUAAAGAUUCCCCCAAACUUGCACCCCCUAAAAGCAGCGAGCAGGCUGAAGGGCCCCAGCGGCCCACCGUUCCUCCCCCGCCUCCGCCCAGCCGCCCCCCCGUGCCCCCGCGGCCGCAGAUCAAGCUGACCUCGGCCUCCUCAGAAACCCAAAGCCUACUAGAAGCCGGGGAGCAGCCUGCCCCGGAGAAACCCGAGAGGCCCCCGCCGCCCGCCGUCAAUGGGGACAAACCCGCUGAGAAGCCGGCCGCCAAGCCGCCGGAUCCCGCCGCCGAGGAGCCGCCACCACCAACACCGGCGGCCCCCGUCAAUCCCAGCAAGCAAGACCUGGCCAAAGACAAGGUGUCGGAGAGCUCCUGCAGCACAAGAGACAGCGUGGAGGACCACCCCACGUGGGAGUCCUCGGAGACUGUCUUCCGCGACAAGGCGGCCAAGUGGAGCAAGGCCUCUGUGGUCUUCGAGGUGGAGAACAAUCACAAGUACCUUAACGUCGCACUUUGGUGCAAGGACCCUUUCAAAUUGGGCUGCCUCCUCUGCUUGGGGCACGUGAGCCUGAAACUUGAAUGCAUCGCCUUGGAGUGCCUCUCCACGUCCUCGAUGGAGUUCCAGACCACCAUCAGGCUGUUGCCCCCGGAGCCCAGGGCCAGCGUGAGCCGCACCGCCCUGCGCAGCCUCAGCACCCACAAGGGCUUCAACGAGAAGCUGUGCUACGGCGACGUGACGCUCAACUUCACCUACCUGAGCGAGGGCGAGUCGGAGAACUCGAGCGGGCUGGUGGAGCGCGAGGGCGAGGGCAGCCUGCAGGAGGACGAUCAGCAGCAGCCCCUCCAGCCCGGCGAGGAGCUCAGCUACAGCCCCAUGCAGAUCGUGGAGGUCAAGCACAACUUUCAGGACACCCAGUUCCAGAACCCCACCUGGUGCGAGUACUGCAAGAAGAAGGUGUGGACUAAGGCGGCCUCCCAGUGCAUGAUCUGUGCCUAUGUGUGUCACAAGAAGUGCCAGGAGAAGUGUCUGAACGAGCAUCCCUUCUGCAUGGGGGCGGACCGACGGGGCGGCGACCCGGAAGCCAAGUCCACCAUCAACAGGGCGACCACGGGGCUGACCCGCCACAUCAUCAACACCAGCUCUCGCCUGCUUAACCUGCGGCAGGUGCCCAAGUCCCGGCUGGCUGAGCAGGCCCCCGACAUAGCGGUGGAGCCCUCCCCCAAGCACACGCCCAACACCUCGGACAACGAGAGCAGCGACACCGAGACCUACUCCGGGGCGAGCCCGUCCAAGCGCCCCCCCGGCAGCGCGGCCAAGCUGGCCCGCAAGGAAGGGGGCCUGGACGACAGCGUCUUCAUCGCGGUCAAGGAGAUCGGCCGGGACCUCUACCGCGGGUUGCCCACCGACGAGCGGUCGCAGAAGCUGGAGCUGAUGCUCGACAAGCUCCAGCAGGAGAUCGACCAGGAGCUGGAGCACAACAACGCCCUGCUGCACGAGGAGCGCGAGACUGUCGACUCCCGCAAGAAGUCGCUCGUCUCUACCGCCCUCACCAAGUCCGGGGAGCGGCUCCAGGCCCUCACCCUGCUGAUGAUCCACUACCGGGCCGGCAUCGAGGACCUGGAGGCCUUCGAGAGCACCUCCCCAUCCGAGCAGCCGGGCUUCAAGGCCAAGGGGGGCCCCGAAGACGCUCUCAUGGGGGCCGAGGUAUUCGACUGCGACAUGGGCAGUCCCUUGGAGGUCCAGCUGUUGGAUGACAUUACUGAGGAGCAGAUCUGUGUGGAAGCACUCCCUUAAACCAUUGAGGACACGAGGCUUGUAACCAACAGCAAAUUAUUUUUUACUUUUUUCCCCCCUCCCUGCCUGGCAGGGUGGGGCUUGCACAUUCAUGGUGAUCCAAUCAAGACUUAGAGCCCAUCUGAAUUAUAGCCGUUUUUCCUCAUAAGCUAAUUUUUUUUCUUUUUAUGGUAAAAUGGAAGGAACAGCUGAUCCAUACCAGUUGGUACUGGCAGCACAGUUUAAUGUAAAAUCUGGGGCCAUGUUCACAAAACGUAGGUAGGAGGUAGAGAAGGAGCGCUGACUGAAGAUGGGGUUUAGCUCAUUUUAGCUGGUUUUGUUCAUUUUUUAUUCAUUAUGGACAUGGCUAAGAUAUGGACUGAGGAGAUCUAAUCCGAGUUCAGUACUCUGAGACGAUUAAUGAACAUGUGCCCUGGUGUUGAUAUGCGAAUUGGGUGCACUGGAGUAUUUCAUACCAUGGCAACUUUAGGAGUAUCCCACAGUAGCUAUGGUAGCUAUACAGGCACUUCCUUCUCACAGGGGGCCUGUAUAGCUCCAGGCAACUAUAGGAUACUUGUCAAGUUGUCAUGUUCUCUAAAAACUGGGGGGGGUUUUUUGUUCUCCAAAUAGUGGUAUUUCAUGUGUGACAGCACUUUAAAGAUCAUAAUGUCAUAUUCAUGCAUAGAAUCUGAAUUAUUGCCGUUUUAACUCCUGUGUCGCACAUUAACUUUCUGGAAAGGUACCAAUAUUGGAAGUAUAACCUUUAUAUAUCAAUAAAUAUAUUUUGUUGUUGCGACAAGCCUCUUGUUCUCAAACUCAAUACCAUAAACCUAUUGGAAAAGAAGAAAGGAAUGAGAAACAAUGUCCAAUACUGUAUGUGUAGUUUCUUUCUGGUGUUGUAUUUUUAACCCAUGCUGUCACCUGUAUUUGUGGGCACAUUUUUAUUGGAUGCUUUGUUCGCAUUUUGUCUGGUUUUAAAACAAAAAAAUCACUGCUGUUCUUCAUUGUAUUUGUUUUUUCUUGUUGUUUUUUUUUUUUAAGUUUCUGUGUUUAACUGCAAACUGCGAGUCAACUGCAUGUCGAAAUUGUACGGGCAAAAAAAAAAGAAAAGAAAAAAAAACAGUCUGGGGACCAGGGUUGGAGAGACUAACUUUUUUUAUUCUAAUUUGUAUUAAUUAUUUAUCAUUCAGACAGUAUCAACAUACAGUAUGUGGCUGUCUUGCGAUAAUUUACUGUAGCCUGCAUAGUCUAUGUAUAUGGUGAUGCUCUUGCUUAAAGUGUCGCUCUGUUCUGAACCUUUUUUUGGGAUGGAAAUGGAUUAGGAGGGUAUGGUAGAAUAAAAGAUGCUAUAAUAGGAAUUUAAAUUCAAAAUAAGAACAGAAACAAAUGGGUAAUUUUCCCCUCAAUCAAUUAUGCUAUGUCUGCCUAAAUGCAGUACGAAGGUUAUGGCAGAACCGUCAGACUGUUACCAAGGAGAAUUGCCUGUACAAGCUUCCAAUGAAAGGGAAAUUGCGAAAUCACAAAUGGAAGAGGCAUGUUUUUGUAAUGCACUGUACAUUUAUGUAAAUUAGAUGGGGGACAGACACGAAAUGGCCUAAAACGUUUUGAUGAGAUACAGUAUGUAUCAUUUAAUACAUUUUAUUAUUUGCCGGGGGGGGGCAGGGGGGAGAGAAGCCCAUUUUCUGAGUGAGUGCAGACUAGUGUGAUUGUGUAUGCUUUGCCUUUGGAAGUCAUUUUUCAUACGAAUGAAUGUAUGCCACUGAAUAUACACAGCACAAAAUGGUCGCCGCGCAAAUCGCCUGCGACAACUUGGCCGCAACGGUCGCAGUGUCCUGUUUUUUUUUGUUUUGUUUUUUUUACAGCAGCAAGUCUCAAAGAAGAGAAAAGAAAGGAAAAGUUUGGCAAUGUAUAUUCACUCUCAAGGCCAAAGUCCCUUUUCAAACAACUGGAGUGUAAUUCCUUUGAGCUCUGAGGGUGUAGCAGGGUCUCGAAAGUCCCUGAACGAGAACAUAACCAAAUUGGGACGGCGGGGGGACUGGACUGGACUGGACUGACUGGUUUGGGUGGAGUGGAGGACAAGCGGGAGGAAUGGCCACAUUUUGUGCAAUAGGCGUGACGCUCUGUAGAUAACCUGGCUGCUACUUUACUAUCUACAAUUGUUGUAUAUUCAGAUUUUUUGUGCAAUAUUUUUGUAGGAAACGAAGAUAAACGGUGAUCUCCCUGAACGGGUGAAGUAGUCUCUCUUUCCAAAAAAAAAAGAAAAGAAAAAGAAAACAAAUGGGAAAAAAAAACGAAAAAAAAAAACCCCCCACUGCAGUUUCCCUUGUUAGCAAUGUGGCUCUGGGCUGGACUGGGCGGUUUCGUUUGUCUUGCGCUGCUGUGACUUGUGCUCCUAAAACCCAGAGUUUAAUCGCUCCAGCCUCACUCUCCUCGUGGUAUAACGGUACAGUAAAUUACAUGAACAUUGUCUGGCGUUGCUGUUUGCAGUUUGAGCAUUUUUCACAAAAAGAGAGAUGUUAACACAGGUAUAACAUGGAUCGUGUAUUCGAGCGCUAUUGUACAUAGCCUAAAUAAACAAUCUCACCUGAA